AUGCGUGCGUACGCAGCAAAACAGGCGGAAGCUCUCCUUGAGCAAUGCACCCUGGGUAGUCUUAGCCGCAAUGCUGAUGUGGCAGCUAUCAAGGAUGCCAAACCCAUCUGGCCUGUGUUUGUGAUGUUCUCCUUUGAGCGUGAGUAUCACAACAGCGGCACCCACAAGCUGCGCUUGCGCAGACUGGGAGAGGCCUCUGCCGACAUGGACGACAAGUUCGAUCCCCGUGGCUGGGUGACCAUCCGCAAGACCGACAUGGAGCUAGUGGAGGAAGCGCACGGUCAGAAGCCGCCAAAGGGCCCUCAGUGCUUCCUGAAAGCCGGCUUAUCCGAACGACCGACGACCAGCAACAGGUACUUGCGGUCUGAUCGCUGGCACACGGUGACCAUCACCGCCGACUGCCAGGAUCGAACCGUGCUCAUCUUCCUGGACGGUAUCCAAGCAACAGAGAAGGAGAUCAACAUCGGCCCGGGACCGAUGGACUUUCCUGGGGUUGUGCUGGGGAUGCUUUCGUACCGCAUUCUGUCUGCAAGUCCAGAAAAGGCGUGGUCCCAUCGGAUCGCUUUUGCUCGGCAUGUAUCGCAAUUUGUUGCCAGUGCUCACGUUGAUGGGGUGGUUGAUUGGGGAUAA